AUGUCAGAAGUGUCAGCAGACGAGAAGAGAGCUAAGCAAUUAGAAGAAGCAAGGAAAAGGGUCGAGGAAUUGAAGAAGAAGAACAAGAAGAAAGGGAAGAAGGGAAAGAAGACUGAAGAUGAUAACGAUUCAUCUCAGGCAGCCACAGCGGAUGAAGCAACACCAGAAUUGGAAAAGGAAUCGAGUCCAGCAGCAGCAGUGACUGAAGAAUCUGUGAAGCCUACUGAAUCAGACGAAAAGGAACAUGAAGCAACCACAAAGAAGGGACAAUCUCAAGGGGAGAAUCCUAAGGAGGAGAAACCCACUGAGUCUGAGGAGGAAAAACCUGAAGCAUCUAAAGAGGACCAACCCAGAGGUGAGGAAUCUAAGGCCCAAGAGAAGUCCACACAACCACCCAAAGAUCAAUCGGAGGACAAGGAACCCGAAACAGCAGAGAAAGUCACAUCUGAACAACAGGACGUACAAGAUUUGUUCCAAGGUGAUGAAGGCUCUGACUUCUUAGAUACAAUCCAAAAGCAGAAGGAAGAAGGUGAGUUGCAAACUGUCAAAUCCCAAUUGGAAAAGGUCACCGCUGAUCUGAAGAGAUUAAAAUUCGUUAAUAUCGAACAAGAGACCACAAUUGAUGAACUAAAUCAACAAAUUAAUAUCUUGCAGACCCAGUUACAAUCUUCUCAACAAGAAUUGGAAACAAGCAGAGAAGAGUUACAAAAAUUCAAACAGACUACAUCUACACCUCCUCCAUUACAAUUUGCUCCUUUCAAUGUGCCUCCACAACAACAGCAGCAAGCACAACCACAUCAAUAUCAACAGCAGCAAAAUCCAUCCUUUGUGUCACAGCCAACGCAUAUCGAUCGUACUGCUCUAGAUAAAUGGCGUAAUUGGAACAUUGACAUGACUACCUGGAGAAGUAUCGGAUCAGGUCCAAUAGUAGAAUUUUGA